ACGGAUCCAGCUCAUCGGCAAUGGCGGCCAAGGUCCGAGAAUGAUAUGGGAGGUUGGCUGUUGAGGAUCGUGAAUGGAAAUGGUCAUUUUGCCUGUUGUGGAGCGUAUGUAGCGCCACUUGUUGUCAUUACAUCUGGUAAUUGCAUGGAACCGUAUCGAAAUAAUCUUAAUGGUGCCGAAGUUGAGGCCAUUGCCAUGCUCAAGGAUGAGGAAAAUUAUGCAUCUAUUGAAACUGUUUAUACGCCCGAAACUUUCAAGGAGAAUCAUAAUUUAAUGGAUAUUGCUGUUGUUAAGCUGAGAGCUCCCAUAAAGGGUAAAAUGACGGAGUUUAUUAAGCUUUGCGAUACGGAUAUCAACGAUAAAAUGACCAUGACCUCUUUCGGCUGGGGCUAUAGCAGUUUUUCACUACAAGAUCCCUCCAAUAUUCCAAGGAAUUUCACAGUUCCCGUUCAAAAUAUCAGAGAUUGCAAGAAAGAGUGGUUAAAGUAUGGGCAAGAUAAAAUUUCGGAUACCGUUUUUUGUGUAUCACAUCCCACGCAGGAUCGUCGGCAAUGUGUUUACGAUCCUGGGUGUCCCCUGAUAUGGAACAAUGAGCUAUGCGGCAUUGUAUCCAUAGACUCAAGCUGUGUUGAUCCAAGCAAGCCUGGCAUUUAUACAAACAUUAACCACGUCAAGGAAUUUAUCUUGCGCGUCUCAGCUAAUGUUAAAUUGGGCUAACUGAACUAAAUGAUACAUACACAUCAAUGCAAAUAAAUCAAGAUUAAUAUUAAAACUGA